AUGUCUGUACCACGAGGAGUUGUAAAAAGCAGCAGCCAGCUGAGGGUCCCGCUGCGAUGGAGAGGUCAGGCGACUGCGGCCGUGGUGACAGAGAGCACAAAACCUCAAACUGAGCCAGCAGUGCGGAAACCUAAAACAGGAAUCUUGAUGUUAAACAUGGGAGGUCCGGAAAGGCUGGACGACGUGCAUGAUUUCUUACUUCGUCUCUUCCUGGACAGAGAUCUAAUGACGCUUCCAGCCCAAAAUAAAUUAGCACCGUUCAUUGCCAAACGCCGGACACCGAAAAUCCAGGAGCAGUACAGCAGGAUUGGAGGUGGAUCACCGAUCAAGAAGUGGACGGCGGUGCAGGGAGAAGGCAUGGUGAAGCUGCUGGACAGCAUGUCUCCUCGCACCGCGCCUCACAAAUACUACAUCGGCUUCCGGUACGUGCAUCCUCUGACGGAAGAAGCGAUUGCGGAGAUGGAGAAGGACGGCGUUGAAAGGGCUAUCGCCUUCACGCAGUACCCCCAGUACAGCUGUUCCACCACAGGCAGCAGUUUAAAUGCCAUCUAUCGCUACUACAAUAAAAAAGCAGAGAAGCCGAAGAUGAAGUGGAGUAUAAUUGACCGAUGGCCCACACAUCCCCUGCUAAUUCAGUGCUUCACCGAUCACAUACAGAAGGAACUGAACCUGUUUCCACCCGACAAAAGGAAAGAUGUUGUCAUCCUCUUCUCGGCUCACUCGCUGCCCAUGUCUGUCGUGAACCGCGGCGAUCCGUAUCCUCAGGAAGUGGGAGCUACUGUCCAGAGAGUCAUGGAGAAGCUGAACUACUCCAACCCUUACAGGCUUGUGUGGCAGUCCAAGGUUGGACCGAUGCCUUGGCUUGGUCCACAGACCGAUGAGACCAUUAAAGGACUGUGCCAAAGAGGAAAGAAGAACAUGUUGUUGGUCCCCAUAGCGUUUACAAGUGACCACAUUGAAACGCUUUAUGAACUGGAUAUUGAGUAUGCCCAGGUUUUAGCGAAUGAGUGUGGAGUUGAAAAUAUCAGAAGAGCAGAGUCUCUUAAUGGAAAUCCACUGUUCUCCAAGGCUCUGGCAGACUUGGUCUGCUCGCACAUCCAGUCGAAGGAAGUCUGCUCCAGGCAGUUAACCCUGUGCUGCCCGCUCUGCGUGAACCCCGUCUGCAGGGAGACGAAGGCCUUCUUCACUGGCCAGCAGCCGUGA